CCCAGUUACCAGGGUAGCCAGCGACGCCGCUGCGCAACAAAACGCUACCGUGGCAGUUUAAUUUGGGUUGCAGAGAGCUUAACGAAACUGCAACUAAAUGCGUUCAGUUAAAUCAAUGUUCAACGCGAAGUGAAAGGAGAUCGGACGGCGUCAUGGAGAAGUCGCAUCGCGCAAACGUCCUGGUGACCUCGUGUUUGAAAACGCCGGUUGAUCCGCACACUAAGGUCCCGUUAGCUCUGUAUGAGCGGGAGAGAGCAGCCCCGUGCGCGGCAGGACAUCCGCCCGAUAACCGCAACUAUGAGAAACAGGUGAGGUACGACUCGGACUCGGACCUCAGCGACGCAGGGCCCCGGGGAGGAGAGGGGCGUGGCCCGGCCCCGGGGCAGAACCGCGGGGCGCCGGGGCCCAUGGGGCCCAUGGACCUGCUGGAGCUCUGCUCCUCCAACCAGGAGUACUGCAGACGGCUGGAGGCCCUCCGGCGCGCCCACCUCCACACCAUGGGGCAGCUGGAGAGGAUGUACCGCACCCAGCUGGGGCUCAAGGCCCCGGGGCCCGCGGGGGGCCAAGCAGGGGGGCCAAGCAGGUGGCAGUCGGAGCGGAGCGGGGUCGCCGUGCGUGAGCUCCGUAAGGCCUUCUCAGCCGUGGAGCUCAGCCCGAUCCGGGGCGGCGGUCUGUCCGACAGCUCCGAGGAGGAGGAGGAGGGCGUGGCCAAUCACGACUCGGCGAAGACGAGGGGGAGGAGCCUGCCGCCCUCGGCGAGGGAGCGAAUCAGGACGAUGUGGGAGAACUUCACCGUGGGCGAGCUGGCCCCUCGGGACCGGCGCCCCGAGUCCGCCAGGAGCCAAUCGGAGGGCCAGGGUGGCGGGAAGGGGCGGGGCCGGGGCAGGGCGCGGGCGGAGCCCGAGAGGGAGGGCGAAUCGGAGAGGGACACGUGGCGGCACCGGUGCACGGUGCCCCGCCCCUUCCAGAUGACGCUCCGCGAGGCGGACAGGAAGCGGCGGGGCGUGAGGUCGCGGGCGCACGUGGAGCUGGAGAGCGACCUCCUGCGCAAGGAGCUGGCCGAGCUCGCCGAAUGCCAGAGGAAGUUCCGGGCCAGCCCCGUCCCCGCCCACGUCUACCUGCCCCUGUACGAGGAGCUCGCCGCCCGCAACCAGGAGCGGACGCGACGCCGGCGCUCCCCCCGCCGCGUGUCCCAGAAGCCCUCCGCCGUCCUGGAGCGGGAGAGGGAGAGGAAGGAGGCCCGAGUCCGGGAGCAGCCCCGCCGGGAGGAGGGGGAGGCCGGGAGAAUGUUCCGGGCCAAGCCGGUGCCCCGCUCGGUCUACGACUCGACGGUGAGCGAGCGGAUGAAGGAGGACCAGCUCUACCGCGCCAUCAAGAUGCAGAUGAGGUCGCGCGAGCUUCUCCAGAGCGCCUCGCUGCCCCGGAGCAUGCUGGGACGCCCCCGCCGGAACGCCAAGCGAGGAGGCGCGGGGGAGCGGGAGGAGGAGGAGGAGGCGCGGACGGAGGCGGACUUCCGGCCCCGGAUCAACGGGGAGGUGCCGGACUUCGAGGCCGGAUACCGCCGCUUCCGGGAGCAGCUGCAGAGCCGGCGGGAGGAGAGGCCCACCACCGCGUGCGAGCCCUUCCGUCUCCGCACCGCCGACGUCCGCCAACGCCGCCAACGGUCCCGCAGCGAGGCGGAGGCCGGCCCCUACGCCGCGCCCAGCCGGCCCCCAACCUCCGACUCCAGCCUCAGCUCCUCCCUGUCCGCCAGCCUGGAGCACCUCCGUCCCGCCAGAACCACCGACGCUGCCCGGAAGCGCCAGGAGGCCGUGAGGAGGGUCCUGGAGGAGAGGAGGAAGGCCGAGGAAGAGGAGGAGACUCGGAGACGAGGGCAGAAGCGGAGAGUGCGAAGGCUGCAGAGCGUGAUCUCGAAACGAGCGCUCGCCAACGACCCCCACACCGCCCUGGCCCUCACCCGCACCGCCAAACUCCGGCAGCUCAGGAAGCAGGACCUCCAGCGCAGGAAGGAGUUUCGGGAGGAGAUGAGGGAGAUGGAGGAGAGGGUGAGAGGCAGGCCUCUGCUGCUGGAGCAGGUGACACAGAGGAACGCCAGGCAGGUGGUGGAGAGGCGCUACGCGGACGCGCUGCACGCUCUGGGCCUGAGCGAGGACCUGGUGCUGCGGCUGGCCCCGGACCGCACUCAGGGGCCACAGGGCCGCGGGGAGCCCAGGGACCAGGCCUCCGUCUCCAGCCAGGAGGAGCAGCGCGGUCAGGAGGAUCGGGACCCAGAGUCCUGUGCAGAUUAUUACCCAGACGACUACGAGGAGCUCGAUGACCCGGGGCUGUCUGGGGAGGAGAAGGGGGAGGAGGAAGACCACCGUGGUGGUGAUGAUGAAGAUGCGGAGGAAGAGGAGGAUGAGGAAGAGGAUUGUGACCACGCUGAUCAGGAUGUGGAUUAGAAC